CGGUAAAUACAAUGCUCUGAGUACGAUAAUCUGGCAACGGUGCGGCCACAACAAACAAGCCGCCCGCCAGUCACCAGUCACCACCACGCCCACGGUCACCCGCCGCCCACCUGUCACCUCCAGGGCCAAGGAAGAGACGGAAGACUGGCUGGGCGUGAAAGAACAAACCUGUGGUAGCUGCAGCAGCCACAGACCACUCCUUAUCCCCUUGAAGAGUAAUGGUGGCGUGUGGAACUGUACUCUGCCCUGGGGAGGAGCCACUGGAGUCCAGAAAGUCAGAAUGAAUAGCAGCCAAUAAGAGGAACCUUCAGAGAGGAUCAUAUUUAAAUGAAGAGGAAACAGGAAACAUGCAUUGGUGAGGAGACUGUGAAGAGACCUUCAGCAGCAACUGUACCUCCUGACCAGUAUCUGGUGCAGCCACAGCAGCUGACAGCCGUCCAGCUUCUGACCACAGCAUCACCAGGACCCAUCGUAGGAGUGCCGUCAGUGGUGUCAACAGUGGGAGCGUUGACCCUCCCCCCCGCAGUUGCUGUCACUGUGCAGACCGAGCCGGGAGGUGUGGCUGCAGACCCUUGUAUUCUUGGAGGAGCCUUAUCUUGCACCCAACCUGUCCCUCACUCAUCUGCUUGCAGCUUUGUUUUAACCUCUGCACAACCCUUUGUAACAUCCACUACACCCAUUUGUGAUAGCACCUCUUCAUUGAACACUAUAUCUUCAAACUUGAUUCCACCAGGAGCUGUUCUUGCUCCAGCAGACAAUACUAUCAUAUCCUUUACAAGCAACACACCAGACAGCACCCUAGAGCCAUACAAUAAUAGCUCCAUCAGUAAUAUAUCUGGCAGUGGUUUUUCCCCUGCUCCAGUAAGUGCUGACUCCUCAUAUUCCUCAUCCUUUGUGUCCAGCAGUCCUCCCACAGUUUCUACAUCAUCAGCAUCACCACCAACAGGAAGGAAGACCUAUGCUUAUAAGAAGAUUGAUGAGUCACCAGCUGAGAGGCAACAGAGGCUGUCAGAACGAUUUAAUGCCUUGAUUCGAGCCAAGAUCAUUGAGUUGGUCACAGCCAGAGGCAUCAAGAAGACAGUUUGUCCUUCAGAGGUUGCACGAGCACUCUCCCCUAGAGCCUGGAGGGAUUUAAUGCCAACAGUGCGUAAGAUUGGUGCGCAGCUUGUGAAGGAGGGGCUCAUCCUUGUGACGCAGCGGGGAACAAUCGUAGACCUGUCAACUGUUCGAGGGCCUGUCAGGUUUGGACUUGCCAAGUGAAAUGACGGGGCCAAGUGUAGUGAUUGGGAGCCGGGUGGAGCAUGACGGCCACCGAGGCACCGUCAUGUGGGUCGGGGAGGUGCCCCCCGCCAAGGGCACGUGGUAUGGUGUUGACUGGGAUGAUUCUUCUCGGGGCAAGCAUGACGGCUCCCACAAUGGUGUCAAGUAUUUUGACACAACACAUCCAACUUCAGGAUCCUUUGUUCGUCCAGCCAAAGUCAACUCUGGAGUGACCUUUGAGACAGCAGUACGAGGGAGAUACCAAAACGACACCACCAUUGAAUCUGAGGUGACGGAACAACUGCAAAGAGAAAUCAAUGCAAGAUUUGUAGAGGUGGUUGGCAUGGAGAAAAUUGGAAAGAAACAAAGUGUAUUGGAAGAGCUUGGAACAGCAGUGCUUACCGGAUGGAAUAUUUGGGGAACGGACGAGACAGACCUGAUGGCUCUACUACCGAAGCUGCACAGUGUCGAAGUCUCAUACUGUCUGCUCCCCUCGUGGACAUCUGUGGCAGAGAUCACCCGCCAGCUGCCCAGCCUUCGCUUCCUGAACAUCAGCGGGAAUAAACUAAAGAUUCCUGAUGAUCCAGAAGAACUAAAGGAGAGUCUGUGUCAUGUUGUGAACCUCGUCCUCAACAACAUGGUGGGGUACUCGUGGCAAGACCUGCUGACGUGCUGCAGCAUGUUUCCACAGCUGAGGAAUUUACAGGUGGCAUUCAAUAAGCUUGAACACCUCGGACCAGUUCCCAGUGGUUUGUUUGACAGCCUGGAAGAACUAGACAUUGGGGUGAAUCCCUUAACAUCAUGGGAGGAACUGUGCCACCUGGGCUCCCUGCCUAGACUUGAGAGUUUGAAUGUGAACAACUGUAGCCUGAAGAGUGUCACUUUCCCCUCCAACGCAGCCACUGACAAGACGCCGCUCUUCCCUCACCUCAAGAAGCUGAUGCUGUCCAGUAACCCGCUGGACAUGUGGGAGUGUACCGGGGAAUUGAACAAACUGGCAAGCUUGGAAUAUCUCGUCAUUGGCGGUGAACAAAAGAAUUUCCCUUACUUCCAGGAGUUCACAUAUGCUCGCAUUGAGAAUCUGAAGAUUUUUAACAGAACUUUACUAUCUCCAAAAGAGAAGAGAGACUGCGAACUGUUCUACCUCAAGUCUUUCAGCGCUGAAUACUACGCAGCCGGAGGCACCGAGGAAGACCCAGACGAGAGCAACCUGUCGGCAGAGUUCAAGGCAAAGCAUCCUACUUACCUGAGGCUCGUCAAGGCCCACGGCGCUCCCUUGGAUGAAAGUCGCUACAAAAUACAGAAGACGCAGAAGCUGAAAGAUCUGAAAGUGGAGAUGAAGAUCGCCAUCCCGAGUGAGCCUGAGAGGGGAGAGAUCCUCAAAACCUUCCUGCCAACAACCAAACUGGCCAAGGUGAAGAUGAUGCUGAAGCGCCACCUCAAGCUCAACCCGUCCAUCAACCUUACGCUCUCCUUCCGCACCACCAGCGAGGGGAAGGUGUUUAACAUACCCCUGGACAACGACCAGCACGACCUGGCCUUCUACUCUGUCGGGAGCGGGGACACCUUGGUGGUCAGCUGGUGAGGCGGCAGCACGCUGGAUUACUUGUGAAGGUAACUCAGUGAGGGUCAUGUGUAUAUUUGCUUUAUCUAGUUUAUUAUUAUUUUUCAAUCAUCACAUUAUUAUUUACUAUAUUUUUCUUAUUUGAAAUUAUUUUAUUACUAUAUUUAUUAUUAAUUAUUAAGAUAGGAAGUUUGCUUGUGUUUUUACUCAUAGGUCACAGAAUUGGGUUCAGAUCCCCUCUUUGUUCAGGGUUUGGUAUGUCUCAGCCAGCAUGGGUGGUUGUGUAGUGCUAUGGAAGGGAUUAGUUUGUGUGUGUGUGUUGGUGUGGUCCUGUAGUGCAGUGGUUAUCACACAUGUCUCAGAGCUGAGAGGUCUCAAGUGUGAUUUCUGGGUGGUGUGGAGAUGGACAGGCAAUCCCCUUUAAUCCGUGUCCCUAUCCACCCAGCAGUGAAUUGGUACUGGUCGUCAGUCGGGUUAUGUUCCACUUCCCGGAGGUGUGUGGGUGUGAGGUUCCAGCUGUGCCCAAAGAGACGCCACCUGAACUCGAGGCUUAUUUGUGGAGGGUACUGAUUGACGUGCAGUGGUCAGCCUGCUUGGCUCACAACUGGGAAAUCCCGAGUUCAGUUCCCAGGUGGAUAGGAGAUGGAUGGACAGUGUUCUUGAACUUGUGCUUUUUAACCCAGCAGUGAAAGGGUACAAGGCGCGAGUCAGGUGUUGUGUCCCGCCUCACGGGUUGAGGGUCUGGCCCGCUGAGAGCAAGUAAAGUAACAUGAGUGAAAACCGAAGGCCUUCAGACUUGUGACUUACAAGCUUGACUCAGUCCUGUAAGAUACAAGUAGGUCACUACACCUCUGUACAAGCAUAUCUCACCCUGCACAGUCAUAGGGCCGCUUUCACAGUCGUUUUGUUUGUUUUGAUCGUUACCAAUGGCUGCGAUCGACGCUAUAGUUUUCCACGUGAAACUGGCCUAUGGGGUAGUGCCGGCUGCAGAGGAAGCGAGAGGUGUUGAGAGUGUGUGCCAAGGUGCGGGGCUAGGCUAACCCCGCAGCUGCCACUACCCCAUCAGCCAGUUUUACGUGGAAAUUCUAUUGCAGCGAUCGCCGCCAUUGGUAACGAUCAAAACAAACAAAACGACUGUGAAAGCGGCCCUUAGUCUGGUUGUUUGCAAACUUGUCCUUGUCCAGGAUAAUAAGCGCAAAUCCCAUGACCAUCUUUAUGCCUCCUGUGUCUUGGCAUGACCUGGGGGUGUCUCCAUCUCAGGGCUCCUCCAGGGGUCAGGACACUCAGCAUGGCUCUGAUUCACUGGCCAGUCCUUCCGUCACUUACUUGUGUCAUUUCCAUUUUUUCUUACUUGGUUCUGAGGCCUAUCUACAAGAAAUGGGGGAGAUGAUUACAAUGGUGACUUAUUGUGUUUAUUGUUGUCAUGGUUGUGAUAACAUAAUAAAGCUUUAAAUUUGUAUUCCCAUUCAACAAGGAGGGGAUCUUGUUUCUUGUUCAUUUUCAAAGCUUUUAAGUAAAUAUUUAAGAUGAAUGAGUUUCUGUUUUGAUUUUGCUAUUUAUUUUUACUUCAGUUUUGAUUGAGCGAGUUUUUUGUUUAUCAUUUUAUUAUUUCAAGCCACUGAAGGUACUGGAUAAGGCAAGUAAUAGAAGUGUAUGACAAAUCAAAUAUUGCAUCCAGACCUGCAGGGAAAUGAAUGUCCCUUCAUACCUUUCUCAUGUGAAGGACAGUACAGUUUUUUGUGAUAUGUGCUUUGGAACCUGAUUGCAAAUUUAACCACUUGAGUAAAUUAGAUAGGCUAAUGAAUAUGUUUUGCAAGGAAUUUUCAACAUUCUUUAAGUGUAUGUUCACCAAAGCACCUCAUGUUGGUGUGAACACUUCGUCACAAGUAUGCACUUCAUAAUGCUGACUAACAGUGUUGUAAGAGAUCAGCACUGCAUGAUCUGUGUUGUCCUCCAGGCUUGCUCUUAAAACAGGACAAAAUAAUUUUAAGGCACAGUGUGAGAAAUCUGUGAUGCUUCUUUCAGACACCUGUCAGCUAUAUUUUCACUAGUAUGCAUCAUAUAAAAAACUGAAUUGUAACAUUUUUUGCAUAUUAAAUGAAUCCUUAACUAUUCCAAAGAUGAAAACAGGAAAUCUUGAGUUCCUAUAAAAGGUGUAACAGUAUACCAAAGUCCUGAAUACUUUGUCACCACAUAAGACAGUGUGUGUUUUAUGCCUCUAUCGCCAAACUUCACCUGUCACCUUCUCAGUACUUUUUGAGGUGAGCAUCUCCACGAUAAGGUCCUCAACAAAAUCGUCUUGGUAUCCUGUGGCAAGAAUCUUUACAGGGAACUAUCCAUCUCGGUUCACAAAAUCAGCUUCUUAAACAAAUGCUCAUAUACUUGUUUUGCUGGGAGUCCAUUCUUUCAGUAACAUCAAGAGAGGUCCAUAUGUCCAAAGGCAUCUUAUCCUGUCAGCACAAUUCUGUUACUGAGUGCCUUCACUUUCUCACAUAGAACUAGUGUGGUGCUUCUCAUGUUGCUGCUGGCAGUAUUCAUAGGACUGUGCUUGUUAACUUGUCUCAUACCAGUCACGUCUUUGAUAACCCUGCUACAUAACAAACAUUUAAUACUUUCAUACACAGCCUCCCCUUUAUAAUUUAAGCAGAAAGUUUCUUCUCUUUAGGCCCAUUAAUUUCAACAUUUAAUUCUGCCCCUCCCUCAGCCAGUUUUCCUUCUUCAAACUUUUCCACGAGAAAAAUACACAUAUUCAGUUGCCUAAGGAAUGACACCAACAUAUGUAUUCAUCACGGCAGUCUAUGUGGAGCAGCAUAUUGUGGGUGUUUUCAGUCCAUUUAGUAUAUAAGGUUUAUGCAUAGCCACUCAUGUAAAUAAAAUCAACUAAUAUAAA